AUGGAUAGGGGAAUCGGUCGUGGAGGGGACAUGAGUACUUUCCAGUAUGCAAAAUUAAUGAUGAAAGGAAGAUGGUUCAUGUUUUUCGCCACCAUGGUGAUUAUGUGUUGGUUUGGAGCACCCUCGGCCAUCUAUGUAGUGUACUACAAAGUGAUUAAAGAAACUCUUGGGUUUGAAGAGAAAGAAAUGAAACAGAUAACUUUUUAUGAACAUGUGGGUGCACACUUCUCAGUAUUCGUUGGCCUCCUUUGUGACUUGACACCAGAAUGGCUUGUGCUCCUCAUCGGUGCAGCCUUGAACUUUGGAGGCUUUUACAUGCCGUGGAUGGCCGUCAUGCACAAAAUUCCAAAACCAAAAGUUUGGGACAUGGGCGUUUUCGUUGGCCUUGGGGCCGCUGCACCAAACUUUGCACACACAAUAGCUCUCGUCACCGGUGUCAAAAACUUCCCGGAGAGCCGAGGCGUUGUGUUGGGUCUAAUGAAAGGUAUGGCUGAAGCUUCCGUAGCUAUCCUGACCCAGAUUUACCUCGUUAUAAAUGGAGAUGAUGAUGUUAGAAAUAUUAUUCUUGCCACUGCUGUACUCCCCACCAUAACUUCAGUUGCUUUUGUGUUCACAAUCCGGAAGAUAGAGCGGGAUGAUGACGAUCAAAGGUGGCAACAUCAUACGAACGAGCUCAGAGUGUUCUUGAAUUUCUAUUAUCUAACGAGCGUAGUUGCACUUUUUGUCAUGAUCGUGACUUUGCUUGGGAAAUACUUCCAUGUUACCGAGACAGAUCAUAUGUAUGGUGUCAUUGUGAUCUUUAUCCUGAUCUUCCUUCCGCUCUAUAAUGUCAUUAAAGAAGAGAUUAUCGCUGCUGCCCAGUACUCCAAAUCAUUCGAGAGACACGAAUUCUUUGAUCGUCUUGCUGUAGUAGUGGUAGAAUCCAUUGAAAAACCACAAGGAAUAUUGCUUGCAGAUUCUAAAUCUUCUAAUAAUCAAAUACUAGAAGAGAAGAAGCCCAAAAGAUCUUGUCUCUCAAGCAUAUUCUUCAACAAACCAGAAAGGGGAGAGGACCACUCCAUUUUCCAAGCAAUCCUAAGCAUCGAUAUGUUGUACAUCCUUCUUAUCAUGCUAUGCGGAUAUGGGUCAGGCUUGACAGCCUACGAACACUUCUGGCGCCUUGGUAAAGCACUGGGAAACAAAGAACAAGUCGUGACCUCCAUGAUAUCAAUGGCUAGUGUAUGGAACUGCGUUGGGAGGAUCUAUUCUGGGUUUCUCUCCGAACUCCUGAUUAUCAAAUGGAGAGUUCCGAGGGCGACGAUUUCGGCGUUCAUGCUCCUCCUGCAAUGCAUAGCCUUGCUCCUCGGCGCCAUCCCAGAAAUCCCCGGCGCGUACUGCUUAGCAACAGCGACAAUUGGGUUUGCACUUGGUGCACAAUUGCCAGUAAACUUGGCAAUGAUUUCUGAGUUCUUUGGCCUUAAGUACUACGGCACAUUGCUCAAUUUUGCACAGUUGACCACUCCACUUGGCUUGUAUUUAAUGAAUCAAAACCUCGCAAGAGUUCUUUACGAAAAGGAGGUGAUCAACGACAUUAUAGCUCAGGGCAAGGAUCCGUCGACUCAUGUGAUGGAUCAAGUUUGCCAGGGUUCCCAUUGUUUGAGGCCUUUAUUCUCCACUUUGGCUCUCAUUUCAUUGGUCGGAGCUUUUGUCUCCCUAACAUUUGCAGGGAGAACACGAGGGUUUUACCAAGGGGCUGUGUAUAAGAAGUUUAGAGGUUAA